AUGCCUGGACCCGCUACAAUCUUCUCAAUCGGCGCUGUUGGUGCCGGUGCUGCCGCUAUGUACGUCAACCGACGAAACUCUCAGUCGUCUGGUGGAGAUGAAUCUGUUUUUGGUGGUAACAGCCCACCCGCUUACAAUACACCUCAUGCAUUAGCCAGAAGACGAUCAAGUACAGUCCGUCCUGAUCACUACUGGAAUGAAAGAAAGCAGCCGGAAUACAUGUGGCGUCGCGAUAAUGGUAUCAGCUUCAGUCAUAAUUCUAAACCAAAGUUCCCUAUCGGUCUAACACAAAAAGACAUUCAGCAGACAUCGUCUACAAAAUGA